AUGCCGUCGUUCAAAUGUACCACUACCGGUGUUGAGCUCAUUGCCAAGCCCAAGCUUCUCUUGUUCUUGGACGCACCUACCUCUGGUCUUGAUUCUCAGUCAGUCUGUGCCAUCAUGAAGUUUCUUUGUAAGCUUCACGUGGUGAGUGCUAAAGUGUACUUGCUUGCUAUCGAGCUAGCAUCCAUAAACAUUCUGGAGAGUUGGUCCAGGUCUUUAACCAACUCUUGCUCCUCAAAAAAGGCGGCCAGACUGUACUUUGGUGACAUCGGCGAAGGGUCUUCUACUAUGCUUGAGUGUUUCGAGCAUAACAGUUCCCCACGAUGCAACCCUAAUGCAAACCUGGCUGAGUACAUGUUUGAUGUCAUUGGCGAGGUACAACAGCAUCGACCUUGA